AUGCUCCGCCUCGCAUCAUCGUCCCUGUCGGCAUCACCUGCCCUCUGGGCACCGCGCACCCGACUCCUCGUCGCGCAUUCGCGUCGAGCGAUUCCCGCGGCCUCGUCGUUCCACUCGUCGCCGCUCGCCCUCCUCGACACCGAGCGCCAAUCGCCGUCCAGCAGCAGCAACCACCCGCCUCCGAGCCUCCCCAAGUCGUUCGGCCGCAACCAGAUCAUCGAGGUGCCCGAGCAGGUCCAGCGCGACCUCGAGGACGUCCUCGGCCACUUCCAGGCGCCCGUCCGCUACGCGUUCGCCUACGGCAGCGGCGUCUUCCGGCAAAAGGGCUACACGGAAAAGGACAAGCCCUUGCUCGACUUUGUGUUCGCCGUCUCGCACCCGUCGCACUGGCACGCCAUCAACAUGCAGCAGAACCCGCAGCACUACUCGCUCCCGAUGCGGCUCCUCGGCAGCAACGCCGUCGCCUGGAUGCAGGAAAAGGGUCUCGGCGCCGAGGUGUGGUUCAACGUCGACGUCGAGGUCAACGGCAAGCUGCUCAAGUACGGCGUCAUCUCGGUCGACGCUUUGUGUCGCGACCUGCUCGACUGGGAGACGCUCUAUAUCUCGGGUCGCCUUCACAAGCCUGUCCGCAUCCUGCAAAACGACGCCCGGGUCCGCCUCGCCAACCAGGUCAACCUCGCCUCGGCCCUGCGCACCGCCCUCCUCCUCCUUCCCGAGUCGUUCACCGAGAUCGAGCUGUUCGAGGAGAUUGCCGGCAUCUCGUACCGCGGCGACUUCCGCAUGCGCGUCGGCGAGAACCCGCACAAGGUGCGCAACAUCGUCGCGGCGCAGCUCCCGGCGUUCCGCAGCCUGUACGGCGGCCUCCUCAAGGCCUUCUGGAAGUCGGUGCACACGAUCGGCGAGGGCGGCGUGCGCCUCAUGCGGCAGGACCUGAGCGCCGCCGUGCGCGCGAGCACGGCCGUGCGCCUCCCCGUCGGCCUGCGCGACAAGGUCCUCGCGCACUACGAGCGCAAGUGGAACCUCGAGGGCGCCAUGCUGCGCGCCAAGGAGCACGACGCCCACGACGCGCCCGACCGCGCCGAGCACGAGGUCAACCUCGACGUGCAGUUCAUGUGGGAGCGCAUUGUCCAGGACGACGAGUUCAAGGCCAUCAUGAACCAGAGCCUGUCGCAGAUUGUCGGCCGCCCGACGUUCAACCAGUCGCUCAAGGGCAUCCUGUCGGCCGGUCCGGUCAAGUCGCUGCGAUACGUCGUCCCUAAGCUCAGGAAGAAGUGGGGCGCGGCGGCGCCGCCCAAGCAGGUCGAGGCGGGCCUGAUCGAGGCCGACGAGAACGCCCGGCAGGCCAUCGCCGACGGCAAGGUCGCCGAGGUCGUCAAGAAGGGGCAGCAGUGA